AUGCACGCCGCCCUCCGUCGCGUCGCGCAUCGCGCGCUCGCGAACGCGCCCGCGCGCGCGCCGUCGACGAUCGCGCGCCGGUCGUACGCGAGCGACCCGAACGCGCCGCCCAAGGUGCCCUACCCGUGGCACGACCCCAUGAACCCGAGCAAUUGGAAGGAGGAGCACGUGGUGUUCGCCGUGCUCGGUGGAUGGGCGGUGGUGAUCGCGGGCGCGAGAAGCGCGCUGUCGUAG